AAUAAAAAUGCGAUCAAUCACCUGAAAGUGGUUUUCAAAACAAACACAAUUAUUGUAGGUUAUGUUGAUUGUCUCGUGAUGUAAUCUUUUUGAGUGUUUUUUACGCAAAUAUUUGUUUAUUGAUAUUAGAGUCGCGGAGUUGUUAAUAAUAAAUAAAUGCAGUUUAUGUAACUACGUCUCCUGGCACAUAUCUAAUUGCAUCUGUUUAUGUUUUUAAUGACUAGAUAAACUUGUUAAUAUUAUAAUCGCUCGAUUGUUUUUCUCUUGUGGAUUCUGCAUAAACACGUGUGUUUGUUUGUUUGUCCUUCAGUGAUCGUUGUGUUCCAGUGAUGUGAUUUUUCAAAAAGUAUGGAAUUUGAUUCCCAAAGUCUGGAUUCUGAUGAAGGAGUUGAACUAUCAGUCAAGGAGCAUGAAGACCUUUACCCUGGUGAUUUUCUUUACUCGGAAGAAACGGAAUCGGCGGUACUAGAGGCAAAAGCUGUCUAUUUGCUGUUACCGAAAGAUGUUCCCGUUUCAAGGGCUUCGAGAUUGCAAUGGCUUUUGGAUCAUUUGAACACAGUUGUGACCAUUCCAGUGAUUCAAAAAUGGAAUUUCUCAAACGAAAUUGAAAUCGUAUCAGCAAUAGCACGCGAACAGUCAGUAUCAAAAUGCAAUCGAUUUUUGAUAAAUUGUCGAACGGAGGUGAUUUUUCUCGCCCACAGUUACCGAUUUGUGUAUUGUUUGGACAUGAGUCCCUCGCAAUGCAUUGUCGAUAUCCAAAAAGGCGAGAUUCUCUUCGACGAAAUACUUAACUCGUUUAAGGCUAGUGUGGAAGGUUUAACUCGACAGUUUACGAUCCCUGGCAAUUCCCUUGUUUUCCAGCCAAGUCUCUACUUAACCGUCAUGGUAAACACUCCAUUUUUUAUGAGUCCAGCGCAACAAGUUCUAGUCAAAGGUGUCCAAAUAACGUCGAGUAAUUUUCACGAAAUUGUCACAUUUGUUCAAAGUCAGUUUCAUGUUCUUGAGGGGAAAAUCGCCGAUGUUACGGCAAUGGUCCACGACCAAAACGAACGUCAAAAAACCCAAAAUGAGCGCAUUGUUGGUAGUUUAUUUGAUCUUCCGGAGAAUGAAAAAAACACUAAAGUACCGAUGGUCUCACCUGAUGCCAAUUUUGUAAACAUGCUACGAUAUUCAAUGUUGGCUGUGUCUCUCCUUCCUGAAAAUAGCAUAAGUCAUAUUCUAGUCAUAACUGAUGGAGUUGUCGCGAUGCCUGACUCUAACAUAAUGGAGACUCUUCUUUUUCAGCUACAUUAUGACAGCAUUGCUGUUUCGUUUAUUAAAGUCGGUUCGUCGUUUCACCCCCAUUCUAGUGCCGGCUAUAUUUCGUACACUGACUUGCUUAAAUUUUUUUCGCAUAGUACUAUGGGUACCUGUUUGGAGACUUCCCCCGAUAUUAAACAUGAGCCGUCCAUGCCGAUGAACAUUUACCACGAGUUGUUUUUACUGUGGUCUUUCCACAGUACUGUUAGAUGUGAUUAUCGCAAAGCUCACGAUUUGACAAAAUGGAGGUCUCCAAAUGAUAAUUUUUAUAGUCAUAAAACCCCAAAUUUGCUUUCAAAACGCCAGACUGAUGAAAAUACAAGUGCUUCCAUUUUACUUUUAUUGUCGCGUCGAAUGCGCGAAGGUUUCGCUGUUGAAAAUAUUAAUUAUAUUAAUGGCAUGAUUGAAGUCCAGUUGGGUUUGCAAUGGAAAUCACUGAUUUACAUAAUCUAUAAACUGUCGUCACAAUGGCCGGUAGUUAAAAAUAACACCCAUUUGGAAAUAUUCAUUUCAGCACCUUAUGAAUUCCUCCAUGAUAUAACCUGUCUCAUAAAAAAAGACUCGAAGUCUUUGUAUCGUCAAGCUAUAAUUGAACGUUUCUGGAUGCGUUUGUCGCAAUUAUCAUCAGCCGAUUUAAAUUUUGCUCAACAAUUGACCAACUUUCAAAAUUCAAAUGUCUGGUACACUUUACCCGAAAGUGUACGAAGUGGAAUUCCUGUGUUUAACUUAAAUUCACCGUGUCCCGACACUAAUAGUCUGCUUUUGUCGCCAAGUAGUACCACGUGUCCGAAAUUCGUCAAUUCGUGGCAAGGGAUUUGCCAAAUGGAGAAGAGCAAUUGGAGGAAGUGGUUCCAUACGCACAAAGUGUCGCUUAUUUUGAAACACGACAAUCCGCUACCGAAACAUUUACAUCUGCCCAACUCCUCGCAGCGAUACCAAGUGGUCCAGUGUCGUCAGGCGGCCACAGCCCUUUACGGGAAGCUCUCCGAAUGGGCCUCUUUCGUGUUAAUUGACAAUCACACGUACUUGAAACAUUUGUAUAAAGACGAAACGAAACCGCCGGAAGUCAACAAGCCCCCAUCUUGGUUCUGUAUAGUCCGAAUAAGUUCGAAAUUACCUUGUGCUGUCCUCAAUAUCGGAUUUGUGACUAACACUCCUGGCUACAUCCGUCACAGCACUUGUGAGGCUUUAAAAAAAGAACUUGCGGCUUUGUCCUACAUGCCAAGUCCCGGAAAAUCAAAAGAAAACGUUUGUUGCGUUCUAUUACAGAAACCUUUAGAGAAGAUUUUGAUCCGGUAUGAGCGUCUUCCUAGUGAUUUCACCACCGUGAUAUUCCCAGACGGGACCCAGCCCCCUAACACCACAAUGGCGGUACCUGGCCCCCUCACUGGAUCCCUCUUCACGACUUUAUCGCGUUAUUUGUACCACAAGAGGUGGAUUUGGAGUGCUUCACACAGUUCGAAUCCUAGACUCCUCGAUAAUGCCAUUUCACGGAUUUUGACAACUUUAACACGAAUGAGGAUUAAAGAGGGAUUCAGUUUUGCACACUCCUCAUCCGGGAUUAUCACCAUGGUGUUGGAAUUGUGGAUGGAACCCAGCGCUAGUUGCGUGGUACAAUACGUACUUUUCCCCCCACAUCGCGCAUGGUGGGGGGAGGAGGUCUACAGUGGAUCCGAAGAAGAAGAGUUUGAGACUGAAUACGAAUCUGAGCUUCAGAUGGUCACUGAAGUUUGGAUCGAACCACAACAUGGACGAGUACAAACAAGCAAUAAUUCGAGAAUUAGUUAUAUGAAUAAUAAAUACUAUUACGAGUUAGCUGAUGUGAUAAGUCAAAUCGAUUUGCAAUGUAUCAACUCACUACUAACUAUGGAACAUUUAAGUCUGAUGUGUCAAGAGAAAAAUAGGUCGUUUAGUGUUGACACAAAUAUAACCUUCAGUCGCCAAAAUAGUACAACGAUUAAAAAUAUUUUGAGGAAGAAUAGUAAAUGUAAUCUCAUUGAGUCGCCUAAUGAGUCGACUUGGUACCCCAUUACAAGUCCCCGAAUCGAACACAUUCCGUUUAAAUUUGACCCAAUUAAUAUUCUCCCGCUAUGCCACCAAACCGAGUUACUAUUUUCAAUGUUCAUCGAACGAAAGGAUAAGAGUUUGAGGGGGUACGAGUCCGACAAGUCGAAUAAACUCCUCCUGGACAACAUCCAAGAACAUUUAACUUCGCUCCAUGACCAGGAAAUUUUCCUAACUCGCGAGGACUCGGACAAAUUCACGCGCCAAAUAAUCACACGACAUAAAAAUCUCUACCCUUAUCAUUGUCCCAUAUCUGAGUAUCGCGGUGUUGGCAACCUUGACGAGUUUCCAGCUUCGCAAUGGCGUUGCUUUAUUAAAGGAAUUUCCAUAACUCACGUCAUCCUCACUUUUAUCCCGUCGAACUUAUCCGAUCUUAAAGCUUUAGUACAUAGUGAUUCAACAAACAUUCCAAGUUUGAGCGAGAGUAGAGAGAGUAUGGAACGGGCAUCGUCACGUGGUAGCAACUUCAGUGAUGUUCCCAUCAACGUGACCAAUUCACUUACUUUACCAAUUUAUGUUUACGAUUGUCCUCUUGCGUUACUUGUCAAUGCGUAUGUGCAAAAUCCUGAGGAUACGAAAGGGCCGAGAGACAUCUACGAGGAUCAUCGCUUCAAAAGCACCGAUUUCAUCCAGGAUGAGUAUUUGAAGUUGAAAACCGACGAGUGUGAGAAUAAAUCGGAAGAUAAUUACGAAAUCCCGGAUGAUAAGGAUAGGAGUAGUUUGCGUCACCACUGCAAGACUCUGGUUUUGGUCCACACUAAAUGUUUCACUAAUUCGCUUUUCAUAGCCUUGCAUCGUGAUAUUUAUGUACAUUGUACUGAUGUCCAGUCGGCUGUGGACCAAUGCGAGGAAUGUAUAACUGAAAUUGAUAUCACGGAUUAUAUUUUAACAAUUUGUGGGCAUAUUAAACAAACAAGUGAUGACAAUAUCCAAGUCCAGCAGUUACGUCAAGCUACGGCUUGUAAUGAACUAAAAUCGCUUCAUUGUCUCAUCAAAGAGAAGUUUUUUAAAAUGGUUAAUGUCGCAUUUAUUCCAAUACCAACAAACCCGGAAUAUUACUUUUGUCGUUAUUUUACUUCAACCAAAGCUGAUAAUAACAAAAUCAACAAUAAUAACAUCAGUGAUGAUGAUGUAUCAAACCCACCAUCGGAACGCGAUUGUAGUGUGUACUCUGAUGGUUUUAAUAUUGUGCGACUCGAGAAUGGGAUUGGGGAUGUUAUCACUAGUGAUAUCUGUCCCUUGUUUUUACACAUUGUGUGUACAUUGAGGUACAAUGGACACGUGACAAACACCCCACUAAGGGUACUACCUACUUGUCUUGGUGAAUUGACUGAAAAUAUUGAUGCGGGGAGUAUCAUCGAUAAGAAGAAAGUCCAAGUCACUUUAGACAUUUUCUGUCUGACUUUACCAACCGAAGUCCAAAAUGUGAUAACUGAGUAUUCGGCUCAGGGACUUCGGACUACCUCGUUUUCAUCAGAUGGCUUCCAGCCAAGUAUCGCGAGUUCAACAUCAGAAACUAGUGUAGUCGGGGAAAUUCCUGAACCUUUGAUGAGUCUUCCCGAAAAUCAAAGAAACUCGAUUGUGGUUCUGCGAGAUGAGAUUAAGUGGCUCUUGAAGGACGAAAUUGCCACUGCUCUCCUCGACGUUGAUUCCGUGUCUUUGGGGACUUUGGAAUAUGUGAUGAGACAUGUCGCGGAGAGUAAAUCCCGGUCUUCGUGCAUUAUGGAUGUCAUAAGUUUAAAUUUUGUCUUUGGCUCAAACCAAAGCCACAGUAAAUUCGUUGAAGAGUUUGCAAAGAUGAAAAUCCCGAAUUAUAAAUUGGUACAAGAAGGCGAACUGUACUACUUAGCCAAGGAUACUAAUUUCGAACCAGUGAAACAAAACGGCGAUGGGUUUGACAUAAACCGAAUCAAGUACACUGAGACUAUAAUAGACGUAGGUGAUGUGAUUUAUUCAAAAGAUUUCGACGAGAUUGCAUCCCAACCCAGUGACAUGUCCAGUGUUAGUGGUAGUGUCUUAGGGACUGAUGGGACAGGGUACGACGAAGAUGUGAGCAAUGACGAUGAGGAUUACGAGUGGCUCCACUACUUGAACAUGAAACGUGCCAAUUUACCCAACUUUUGGCUUGUCACAAAAGUGGAACAAGAGACAGUCACGAUUUAUUUUCAUUGUAGAUUUCUCGAAUUAUCUGCAAGUCAAGUUUUGAGUUAUUUAGAAGUCCAACGAAUGCUCAGUGAUGAAAUUCGCGAGUUGUGCAAAAAAGUCAACCAAUCGUUGCUUUUGCAGUCUUUGUACGAGACACGAAUUUGCGAUCCGUUGCUUGAACCUGACGACAACCCCAAAGACUGGCCCGGGAGCAUUUGCUCGUCUCCGAUUUCGCGUAAUUCGUCUUAUCACCGACUAAGAAGCAUGGAUGAGACUAGUGACGAGUCUGAGAUCAUGACCUCGUCAGUGACCCUUUCUGAAGCCUCGUUAAAUUUCAAACCGGGGUAUUUUAAGUGUCCGGUGGUGUGGCAAACACACUUUGUUCUUCACCCUCGCCUCAAAACCGGGCCUGGGAAAUCCGGUCUGUCACGUGGUAUCCUCGCUUUGAAGAACAUCCUUGAGAAAUUUUCAGUGUCGAAUCGCACCAACAUGUUUGUCUAUCGUGAUAACCGAAAUAAUGUUUUUUAUUUGCGACUCCAUGAGAAUGUGCAAAAUUCCAGUGCGAAAAACGCACCUCUCAGACCGUUAGAGUAUGAAAAUGCGAUUGUUUCAAGGAGUCCCUCAAUCGCAUCCUUACCUUUAGGACAAACCAAAAGCCAAUUACAGUACGAGCAAAGUCUUACGUCGGUUUUAUCGGAUGAUAUAAGACCAAGAGUUCGCUCUUUUGGCGAGAAAGAGAGUAAAGAUGGUCCCAAUGAAGAUACUCUAAUCUUGAAAGUACAUGGGAUUACCGAGGCCGGGAAUGACGUACAGUGUGAGCUAGUUCAAGUCUUGCAAAAUCGGUUAGAUGAUGCGGUUUUGGAAUUUUUAUCGGUUAUGUUAGCACGAAAUUCCAUGUGUCCUCUCACACCCGAAGACGUGCAGUUUAUUCAGAAACCGUUCAGGUUACCCGAAGUUGUGAUAAAAUUAAGUAUGCAAGACUUUGUGUUACAGUGGAUGGACUCUUUCAUACACUAUCUGAAACAAAACCUGUUGCAAUUUUUAAAUAUGCCCAAAUACACCGACAACAGGUCCCACUAUCACUUCAAAGAUUAUUCGGAAUCUGACCAAGCUAUGGGUCGUAAUAGCGAUGACAGUAUAUUUAUAUACAACCAGAGUCAAAACCCUUCGUGUGGCAACCGAGGUAUAGCUUGUAUUGCAUUAGGUGUGGUCUACAAUUCUGAGAUAAAACCGUCCGAAAUAACCCCAGACGCAUUUGAGGAAAUUUUUGAGAAUAAAUCAUUCCAAAACAUGGUUUCAUCGAGAAUAAUCGCCGAUAAUGAUGAGUUGCCGGCAGUACAUUUGGAAUUCCGACUUUGGAAGCAAGGCCGUGUAAAUAUCGAUAACUUGGCAAUAAAACUACGUGAAGCAAUUAGUCAAGCAACGUGGGACCUUGUAAUGGAGUAUUUAAUCCUUACAGCGCCCCUUUGCGAAGACUCCGAAACGAAAAUAACCCCUCACUUAUCCCCAAUCAAUAUCAAUUCAAGCAAUCUAAAUCUAAGCAAAGAAAUCGAAUUUAAUUGUUUACUCGAAGUCGGUAAUCGGGAAAACAUAAAAGUCGUCGGUCGUCGCAAAUUGGAGACUUUAUUUUCGCACCGGAAACGCGUCCGACGGGUGAACCCCCCGACGAGUAAAGCCACUCGUUCUAUAACUUUCGAUGAUUAUGAACGCGAUAAGGAAAUUUAUCUUGCGAAAAUGCCGUCGGUUAAACCGCUAACUAAACUCAACGCGUACGAAACUGGCGAUGAGGGGGUUUUGAGUAAAAACUACUCGAGGUUUCUACCAGAGUGGUUGGAGUUUGGGUCGGGUUUAAUGGCACCAUCGGUGCGAAAACAAAAAAUCAAUCUCACGAAUUCGCACCUUCCGGGGACUACGAUUAAAGAAUUGCUUAAUUUCGUACAAGACAUUCCGAAAGCGUUUCGGGUGAUACCUUCACACCCUUUGUGUGAAGGCAACGAUGAGAUUUUUGUACCCCACGAUCCGAAAAAAUUCGUUGAUAAGUGUGUAAUCAUCUCGCGGAAUUUUGACAAUUGGAAAGCUUCAACCGCGUUUAGGGGGACAUUAGAUUACCCUGAUUUUAUGGGGCCCCAUGCCCUCAAACACACACAAAAAUUUGUACCAGCAGUCAUCAAUAAUAAAUUCGUACCGAGACAGAAAAUUCUAUGGAUUUUGGUCCAGUGUGAUUCCAUUUUGAUCUAUACAUACAAUUGGGCGCGAGACAACAUCGAAAAAUUAAUUUCAAACUGCUCGAAAUUGGGUCAGUGGUUGAGUAUGCGUUCAUGUUUUUUGAACUCAGUCUCAGGGCAAAAACUGGGACUCUUCCAUAAUCAGGCAUUGGUACAAAAGGGUUUUUCAACCUCCAACAACCCUUACACGUGUAUGAUUGGUUUAACCGCUUCAAUGGUUGAGUUUCCACGUGACGACAACCGCAAAAAUCUGACCAACACUCCAAAUUUAUCACACGUUUUGGAUGCUUUCAGGGAUUCGUUUCACACUUUAAAAUAUAAAGCUAAUGACCCAGUCGGUGUUUUCUCAAUGGAAAUGCAAGAAAUGAAAAACGCUGAAAAGAAAUCACGCGAUGAGAUGAAAAAACUGCAUUCGAUGUACCAAUCAAGGACAAGUACGACCACAGUCCCCCAAAUUUUUCUCCUCAUGCAAAAUUCACGAAUUAUUCAUUAUUGUCACACCCCAUUGUUGUUUCUCCCGGAAUGGAGAGUUAAAUCAGCCGCGACAAGAGACCAUUCUCUAUGCUCACCGACUCACAGGACAUUGAAAAAUGCCUUGGAGAGAGACUCGUGGCAUACGGAGUUAUGUUACGGAUUUUUUUGCGAGUAUCGCCGAUAUUUACAAACUUUAGGUUUCAUGCCUUUACAGAUUGAUAAUUCUGAUAAGAAACAAGGAAUUUGGGCAAGGGAUAAUUCCUCCUACAAUUUUGUUUUUUACAUACAGAAAACUAUAAUGGGCGGAAUUUUGAUUUUCACGGUUGAGUUUAAUGAGCCGUUUUUUACAACGAGAUUACACGCAAUUGAGUGUAAUAGAUUACAGACGAUAACAUCACGAGCUUCAAUAAAUCGGUUUACGUUAUGUUUUUUGGAUGAAUGUGACCGGGUUAAAAUAUUGAUGCAUUUACAUUCCUUCACUUACGAUUAUCAUCUUCGAUGCAUCUAUAAUUACAUAUCAAACAAUUCAGGUGUUAAUAAAGUCUGCGAUAGAUACAACGUUACGAAAUUUUUCGAUGAUUUCAUGAAAUAUUACACGAAAGCACCGAAUUUUGCUCGUAAUUUAAUACACGCUGACACUAUUACAAUAACAAAUUUAGUGACUGAAGGCAAACAACUUUACGAUUACCUCCUAACAAACGUUAAUCAAUACAAUUUUAAAGUGUUAGAUAUGGAUAAAGGGGAUGGCGAAAGUGAAUAUAUUUUAGUCCAAGUGACUAGUAAUCCGCAAGUGUCUUAUAAAGAUUCCCAUGAUCGGGAACAUACCGAUGAGUUUGAAAUAACUUUGGUUGUUUAUAACUUAUGUGCCCCUUAUAGCCCCACUGAUAACAUCCUCCACCUCAAAUACUACCUCAUUUUGACGUCUAAACGGGAAAUUUAUCCAAAAUCCGAAGUUGAGCCAAAGCUCGGUAAAUUCCGGACUGUCUCCUCAACAGCUCGAAGUCUCUCCGCUCUUGAGAAAAUGUCAAGUGAUUUAGAAACAAGUACGUCGAAACACGAAGAUGACAAUAAUUACGACUUGUCGAGUUCCGAUGAACAUAUUAUUUUUAAUUCUGGGAGUGAACAGUCCGAUGAUCAACCCAUACCCCACCCCAGUACCCCCCAAGUUGAAAUAUCCCCCGAAUCAGUCAACUAUCUCGGUUACUACUCCUCCCAUGAGCAACUCAUGCAACAGAUGAUUCUUGACAAGGCUAAUACCACCCAAAAACACAUUAAGGAUAUGGUAGCGAAAGGCAUGGUCCACUGUCGGACCCACCUCCUCUGGAACAAACUAGUGUCCCCCCAAGACUCCAAUUCUUUAACUUAUGAUGAAUUCAUGGAGUUGAAAAGUUUGGCCAAGUUGGAACACUUAUGUGACGUUCACCCCAAUUUGGGGCCUUUGUUAAACCAGCCUUUGAGUUGGUAUCAAGGCUUGGCGAAACUGCUUUUGGCCAAGUAUAAUGAGCAGAAUAGGACUUUUGCGUCGAUUGAUGGCAAUAUCCAACAUUAUGUGAUUUUGCAUCCUAGGUAUUUCGGGGCGUUUAUGUUGCUUUCCAUCGACUUGCAGACUUCAAGAGGGGAUUUGUAUGCUGUUUAUCGCGAGCCACACAAACAGGAGGAUGCCGAACUGUCCUUGGCCUACAGGAAAAAUCUACUCGACGGUUUUGUUAAUUGCAUAUGCUUCUAUUUGUGGUAUGGAAUGAUAUAGUCGACGGGUAUUUUGUACAAUUUCCAUACUUUUAUUUGUGAUAUCUUAAUGAAAUUAUUUUUUAUAUGUUGGAAUGCUAAGUUUUUGUUAAUGUUUUCAUUGUUUAAUUUUCUACUGUUAUUGUAAAUUAGUUUUAACGCUCAGUAUACUGUGAUAAUAAUUGUACAAGUUCAUUUAAGCAGUGCCUGAAUUUUUAACGAAUUGGUGUCUCUUUUAAGUCUUGCCAUUCAUAAGUUUUCUUUCGCAUUCACGUAUACUGUCAAUUUUAAACAAAAUGUAUUCAUACACAUGUGCCAUGUUUGUAAUAUUUGGUAAAAAAUAAACUAUAUUCAUAA